CUAAUUAUUUUCAAUAUAUGUAGAAAAAUUAUAAAUCUUUAGCGAUACUCAGCCUAAUGCUAAGUUCACACCUCAAGAGUUGUCAUCAAUGAAUUUCCUAAUAUAAAUAGCUUCACAACCAUUACUAAUGGCUGUUGUAUCCAAGCCGGUCUAAAGAAUCCCAUGCAAAAGGCAUUGUAGUUGUAUACGGAGCCGUAGGCACAGGAUAUAACAAUUACAAUUUCUAUUGGUCCACAGACGAAAUGAAGCAAAGUGUAAAAUGGGUACAUUAAGAUUGAUACUGUGUCUGAAAAAGUGACAAUAUUAAGGAAUAUGAAUGACAGUUGCAACAAUGAAAACAUAAAUGAUAAUCAUGAUGGAAGAAAUGCUGUAUCCAGCCAGCAUACAAAAGACUUGAAAGAAUUAGUCUUGCACAGUGGAUCUGUCCAUGAAGAAUCACCACUUGUAAAUUUAGAAGAAGUUCCUGUAUCUCACAAAACUACAACUCCAAAAGAAGAAAAAAUUCUAGAGUAUGCAGAACAAUUUAGACAGCAGUUUUGUUUCCUGUAUCAGGAUCGAAGUCCUCCACUUCUGUUUCCAUAUAAUGAGUGUGGUAUUCAGAAACUAAUUUGCACUACAUUACGCCCCACUCUUUUACCUUAUGCUGAGCUCUACACAUGGACUGGCUGUGCUUGCUUUGUUGCUGAUUUUCUUUCAUUUAAGCCACUUGAUCCACCAACAGAAAAACCAAAGCGUGUGGUUUCUCCAUGGUAUCUUUUAAAAUGCCGUGAAGGAAACAGUCUAGACUACAGCAUUCUGUUAUGCUCCUUACUUCUAGGUGUGGGCUAUGAUGCAUAUGUAGUUUGUGGAUAUGCCACAAAAGAAGUUUGUUUAAUGGAUACCAGCAUGAAAAAUUGUCCCUACCUGCAAGAUGAUGAAGUGGAGAGAUCAGAAGAAAAGAGGAAAAUUGAGCAAAAAUAUGCUGUUAAACCCCCCAAGGACUUAAAUAGUAAAUAUGAACAGAUGAUUAAAGAAAGAAAACUACAGGAAGAGCAUGCUGAUGAGGAGAAAAGGAGAAAAGAAGAAGAAGAAGAAAAAUCUAGUGAGUUAGUAAAACUACCACCAGAUAAUCUGCAUGGUUUCCGGUUUCACUUUUGGGUUCUUGUGUUGCCAGGAAAUCGUGAGGUUUCAGAGGCUUUUUUUAUCGAACCUUUGUUGGGAGAAGUUCGAGCUUUAGAUGAUGCUCGAUACUUAGGUCUUGAACAAGUCUGGAAUAACACCAACAUCUGGAUUAACAUGCAGCCCUGUUAUGAAAGUUGUAAGGGGAUAUUUUAUGAACUUGGUGACUGUAAUCAGUGGGAAAGUUUUAUCCCCAUGAAAACCAAGCCUAUGAGUGUGUUUCCAGGUGUAAAGGGCAGUCCACCUGAUGAGAGUUUUGAAGAAGAUCCUGGAAUCCCAGAAGUUCCAUUGUCUUGGGUUUACCACUUGAAUAUAUCAGUAGAAGAUUUCCAGAAAAGAUUUCCCCAUGGGAAGAAAGUAAUGUUUUAUAAACAUGCAAAGAUAGAACAUUAUGCUCCAUUCAUGUUGAAAGAUGGUCUUAUCAGAAGGUUAUCAGUUUAUUCAGACCUAAAAUUUACACAACUAACAGAGAUAAGAGAAUAUUAUACCAACAGACUGGAUCAUAUUUACCUUCGCACUACCAACAUACUGAUGGAAAACGUGAUAGAACAUUUUAAUUCAGGAAGAACAGAUAGUCUAGCAGAACACAAGUACAAAACAUAUGAUCAUGGACCACAUUCAGAAAGAAUGAUGAUCUUCUAUUCUCAUUCUCGACCCGAUGGUCUUAAGUGGAGACAAUCACGACAAACAUUGUUGGAGGAGGCAUUUGAUGAGAGAGAAGACUUUCUGGAACAUAGGACUACUGAGUUUGGUGCUAAAGAAAAAAAAUUUGGACCAGUAGAAGAUUCCCGCAGAACAGUAGUGAAAGUGAUAGAACGUUUCAGACGAAAUGAAAACCUUGAAGCAGAUGCUGAUGUUGAGACAAGAACUUUCAACAUAGCUGAAAAUCACAUUUACGUAAAAUUCCAUAGAGACAAAAAUUUUAUAACUGGAUCUUUCUUAGAAUUUUUUAAGCCAUCAGAAGAGGAUGAUAAAGGUCAAGGGUUCACAUUGAAGCCAGAUAUGUGGAACAGUUACAAAGCAGACUACAGGGCUGUACCAUUCACCCAUCUAGAGCUAUAUCUAAAGUUUUCUCAACUGAUGGAGGAAGAGAAACAAGUGGUAGCCAAGAUUCGUCAAUCAGAAGAUGAGGUCAUCGCUAUUCUAAAUGAUCGAACUCAGGAAGAAGCUCACUCAGAACUUUAUGCUUCUGUGUACAAUGUCCUGAAGAAUGAGAAAGCUUUGAAGAGACGACAGUACUUGCAAAAAGAGGCAGUCAAGAGUCAGCCACAAGAAGUUGUAGUGGACUUGUUAGGCCCCUACCUAGCUCAAAAAGGCUUAAGUGGUCAACUGACUAAACAAGAAGCUCAGAAGAUACAGCAGAAGUGUUUGCAGGACUUCAGACAGCGAUUAGUUAACACAGCAAAUGCCAUUCAGUCUCUUUUUGAUCAGAAAAUGGUAGAGAUAGAGAAACAACAUCAUUGGUAUCAAGACCAUCAAAUGUCUCUUACAAAAGAAGAAGAAGAAAAACACAGAACUUUUAUCAAUGAGACAAUGUUCCAGCUUCAUGUCUUAGAGCUACGCCUGAACAGACACAAAGAAAUGGCUCCUUUAAGAUAUCAAGCAGUUGAGAAAAAAUUAGGCUCAGAUCCAAGGCUUACUGAUGUGAUUUGAAAAUCAUAGCACUUAUUCUUCGUAAAGUUCUCUAAAAAAAAUAUACUUACUUUCCAAUUGAAAACUAAUUGUAACUGUUUUCUGUUAACUUAGAAUGUUUUAAUGUGUAAAAUGAUAAUCUUAAACUCCCACAUAAACUUUUAUUCAAAAUUUUACACCUGGAUAUAUGUAAUAGAAUUUGAAUUGAAUUUCCUGUGUUCACAUGAAUAUUGUUGCUUAUAUUAUUACAAUAAACAUUUCUGAG